AUGCAGGCAGGGCCAGCCCUGAGCGGGAUAACACCCCAAUUGGCUUGGCCCUCUGGCUCUUACUCUGCUAGCUCCAUGGUUCACUCUGUGUUUGCAUCUCCAACAGGCCAUGCCGGUGGGUUGGGCCCUCACUGGAGAAAGUGGACAACCUUCAGCAGAGGGCAGCUGCUAGUGUUGGAGUGGGUGUUUGCGGCACGGCCCUACCCUGACAUUGGCACCCGUGAGCACCUGGCCCGGGUCACCUGCCUUCCUGAGGCCAAGAUACAGGUGUGGUUCCAGAACUGGCAGACCAAGAGAAUCAAGAACAGGAAGCAAGGAGGCCUAAGCCGCAGGCCUGAGCUCCCAGAUACCCUCCAGCAGUGCCAGGAUCCCCACACACUGGGCCAGCUUCCACCCUCCAACAGCACACCUCAGUGUCGACAUGCCUCCUGUCUGGCUCCUGGCUUGGGUCCAGGGCAGGGCUGGGUGGGGGCUAAAGCCAUAGCCCCAUGGGGACCUACUGAGGCUUCAGGGGUUCACCUUUCUUCAGAUGCUACUCCCCAGACUUCACUAGGCAGCCUGUCUGACCUUACCUAUGCCUCAGCCAUUGUCACCAACCUGGACCACUCCUAA